AUGAAGCAUUCUACACCGACCGGAGAUACUAUCGGAAUGACCGAAACGGUCAGCGAGAGCGCUCCUAUAGUCAAAAACGCGAUAGCAGAUGGAAUUCAAAGAAGAAAUGUUAUAUCUGCCAUCAACCAGAUUAUCUAUCAUGGAAACACACCAAAGGCGAACAGGAACAAGCUCGAAAGAGAUAUCGACAAUCACUCGAGCGGAAUGGUGGCUCUGGCAACUUCAAGAGACGAUUCAAACAAUAUAUGGUGCAAUGCGAAGGAGAAGAUGGCGAAGGAGAAGAAGAUUCAGAGCCAUUUGAAACCCUUAUCUCUGAACCUCAAACCCAGGAUGAUGCUAAUUCUGGAGAUUCUGGAGAGGCUGAUGAAGAAGAAGAGAACUUCAUGA